CUCGGGGUCUUGGUCUCCUGACGCUGCCUGCUGCCGUUGGAAAACAAAAAGGACAAAAGCAAAGGAGUCUCGGGCUCAGACUCAUGACAAUCGAAUGAAGAGUAGGGCGAGAUCAGGGAAUAUAUAUGUAGAGGGGAAGAGGGAAAACUUGACUUGGUGUGAUUUGAUACACAGCAAAUAUAUGUAUAGUUUUAUAUAGUUUUUGUUUUCAACUGUAUAAGAUGUGACUUGUACCUUUGAAACAAUUUUAGUUUUAAGUUGCAACGUUGGUUUGUAUAACAUAGAGCACUGAAUUGUCCUUGAUUUUGUAAAUCAUUUGGAUUUUUAUAUAAAAAAGAACUUUAAAAUUUCCAAAUUUUGCACAGUACAUAUCCACAAUCCACAGCAGCAGCAUCUUUUCCCUUACUUUUUGCUGAUGAAGUUGAACAAUUUGAGAUACGAGCUGAGAAGGAAGGUAAGCGCACAGAAAGAGACGGUCGCUGGAACGGGUAAAAGAGAUGGGUUACCCGACAGACGGAACGGACCAAAAGGGACGGACAGCUUACGGACAGCAGAGGACUGGGGACCGAAGACCAAAGACUGUGGAACGUUCAUUUAGUUGCCCAUGGCCAUGGCAGGCAAGCCAAGCCGUUUUCUGGCCCGGCUACCAGGCAAAGUUCCUGCUCUCUGCUUCAUCUUUCAGGGCCUCCCGCCCCUUCUCUUACUUGCCCGCCCUCAAACAAUCAAGAUGCUAAAAAUGAAAAACUUUUUGCGACACACACGCAAAUUUUUCUUUAAUUUUUCCUUCUGUUGCCGCCUAAAUAGUUGAUGAAUUAUGCGACAGCUGGGCGGGAAAAGUUGUGUUCAAUUUUCUUUUCACACAGUGGAAAAUAAGUUUGCAUAUAUAUACAUACAUAAUAUUAUGAUAGCCUGGUUUUAAUAAUAAGCCAAUCAGAACAAAAAUUUUUUGGGAUUUUGGAUUGGGUUGUAGUUUUGAAACUGGUAUGGCAAUAGACUUGGUAUCUUGAUCACUACAAUUCAUAGAAAUAUUUGUUUUAUUAAAGUCUCGAGUUUUUGAAUCAUUUUUCACUGUGUGUGAAAGUUCAGUUUCAAUUUAUUUUAAUUGCGCUGACAGUUUACGAUCUCCCCCCGCUUGCAUCUCACUCGCACGACUGCAAUCAAAAGGAAUAAAUGAGUGAGCGGAUGAGAAGGCGACUGCGGAGAGAAUAAUGGUUUCGGAAUGGUAUGGUGUGGUGUGGUAUGGGAGGGAAUGGGCUGGUAAGGGAGUUCGGUACAUGACCAUAAUCCGACUUUAACUCUUUCACCGAUUCUCCACCAAGUCCCCGCCCGCGGGGCCUUUCGCCUUUCUACCGCUCCUUGGGCCCACAAUUGUCGGAGAUUUAUGAACGCCUCUUGCGCUUUAAAUUGAAUUCAAUAUUUUGCAAGCGCACUGCUGCUGCUGCAACGGCAAAUUGUAAACAACAAAGUUUUUUGUGUUCCGUUGACAGUUGCACUUUUUUCAUGGCGAUUGCACACUUUAUGGCUUUCUUUCUUCGCGCUGAAAUGGAUUUUUUUUUGUGUUAUUUUCCCAUUCCUUUUACCUACACAAUUUUCGCCAGCUACAUUUUCUAAAGGUGUGAAAGACACUGAGUGGGUGUGCCGGCAAUUGAGCUGUUUUGCGAACAUCCUAGGUCAUCUGAUUUAAGACAAAAGUGCAUACCUGCAACGAUAAGGAGAGGGAAAAUUCCAAAUUAGUGAAAAAUGGCUAAGGGUUCGUUUCUAAAAAUGUGUAUUUAAAAUGCUGUUCAUGGGAUGAUGUUCUUUAAAUAACCAUCUGAGUUGUAUGGGAAAUCAUUAAAGUGGAAAAAAGGGUAUGCCGUGACUUUAUCUUUGCCAGUUCCUUUUUGAGAUCGCUCCAAUUUGCGGAUAACUGGGUAAUUUUCGCUCCUCUGUACCCUGUUAUUAGGGAAGAAGGUUGCGGGAAUGGCAGGUAAGUUCAAUUCAAAGGGUGUCGGUAAUGUUGUCCGUCCAGAUACAUUUUCGCACCUUCAAAGGGAAUUUACUUCUACUUGAAGCUACUUUUAGGUUGUUGUUCUUGAAUGUCGCUUAUCUGGCUGACUAGUGGCAAGUAGUGCAUAGACCUGCAUAAAUUAAAAGCGUAUAAAAAGGACAACAAACAAACCCAAGUCACAUCCACAUCUCAAAAACUUGAAGGGAUCUAAGAUAUAAGAUUUAUUAUAAGAUGCAACAUUAAAAGCAACAGCCAUGUAAGCAGAAACAGCCGCAGUAACCAAAGCUGCAACAGCAACCUAGAUGCAACACUAAGAACACAGACAGCAGCAACAUUAACAACUCCGACACCCUGCAACACCGUAGGCAACCAGAGCAACAACAGCAACAGAAAGCAACUUCGACAACAACCAGAGCAACAUCAUCGGCAAUGGCAACACGUGCAACACCAACAGCAACACAAGAUGCCCCCACGUUGAAAAUUCAAAAUGUUUUCGUUUGAGUGAGCACAGCUACAACUACAAGAACCACAGCUUUCGACACGGUAAGUUGGCUUUGCUGAUUUUUUUCAAGUCGGUAUUGUUGUUGCCAUGUUUGCCGCCAGGGCGCUACAUUUUGUUGUUGUUGUUGCCUCCUUUUUGUUGGCACUUUUUCCGUUCGCAUACAUUUGUUGUUGUUGCUGCUAUUUUUGUUGUUGUUGCCUCUUCUGCGCCAGUCAAUUCAAUUUGAAGCCAUUUAGCAUCAAUUUGCAGUAAUUUGACGUAUAAAUUAUGUCAAAUUGCCGAGCAGCUUGUCAUUGGGUGUAUUUCGUUGUUGUUGUUGUUGCUGUUGCUGUUCUCACUCCGUCAGCCGGUCGUUUUCGGUUCCUUUGUUGUUGCUUUUGCACCUUUUUACCCUCCCCGAUUUUGUUGUUGUUAUUGUGAGAGAUUGUGCCCGCCAGGUAAAAAUCCAAAAAAAAAAAAAAAAUGAAAAACAACUAAGGUAAAAGAGACAAGAGGUGAGGAAAGAUGCGGAGCAAAGCGGCAUCAUCAUCAAGUCCCAGUUGCCAGUUAAACAACCGCCAACCCUUCGUCCUUCCCCCUAAAAUCCAUUGUGUGACUUCGAUUCCCUUCCUCUUUCCCAUGCACAGAAAAAAAAUGCUUUGACUAUUAUUCGCCAAAGGUAAAUGGCAUGCAAUAUAAAUAUAAAAAGAGAAUCAAAGGUAUGAUUCUAAAACACGUAGUAUGUAAGCUGUUUAAAAUCUUAAUCAACUUGACAUUUUGAGGUGUACUUUUAGUUGAACUGUUAUACUAUAAAUGAAACCCUUUUUCUCACAGUGUUUGCCUUAUUCUCCCCUCUUUCUCUGCGGCACGUUCGGCACUGUGUGAAUUUUAUUUUCGCUUGUCGACACAAAAGAAUUUCACUUAAUACUCAAACGAACGCACACACAUGGAGGACUAAGGGUCCAGAGCAGAGGUUGAGCAGUAAAAAGUGCCUCAUAAAGCCGAUAUAUAAACUAAUGCCAGAAGAGGGGUUUGCGAGGGUAUCUGGAAGGCUGAAAGAGGGAAGAGGGGCAGGAAUUUUUACGCUUUUGUGAAUGUUAACAUUCAAAGAUAUCAUCAAAAAAUUCACUGGAAACGCUUGUACAAUAAAAACAAAACUGAUAAAACACAAAAAAAAAAAGAAAAAAAAACGGGGAGGCAGAAAGAAGCUGAUGAAGCAGAAGCAUCGAAGAUCGUAUUCCCCUCUUGUUAAGGGGGAAGUAAAAAAUAACAAAAAAGCAGAGGAUUUUGUCGCCUCUUUUGUGGAUGAGUUGCUGUUGCCGUUCACGCGUCGUAAACUCGGUAGCAGUCGCAACAGCAACAGAUACAGAUGCAAGAGUCACAAAGACAAUGCACAGGGGGAAAACUUCCGCAAAUAUCUGGCGUACACUGAUAAAAAGAAGCUGUGGGAAAUUCCGUAUCAAGAUCUGUUAGCAAUGAAAUGAAUUACGCGGUAAGCAGUUUAAAGCUACAAAUUUUUAACACAUUGUGUCUUCUGCAGCAAAAAUAUCGAGGAACCUGUCAUCAAGAGGGUCAUCAGCUAUGCACGUUUCUCUUUCCCCAGCAAUUUCACUGUCCCAUGACUUUUCCGUCGCACUGCAGGCCAUUUGAGGAAUUUCCAUUUGCAUUUUAAUUAAGUGAAUGGACAAAUGACCCAAGGGGCCGAAAGCUAAGCGGGGGUGGUCAAUGGUCGGGCGGAAAACUUUAUUAUCUGUACAAGCAAUUAUGCAUAUCAUAAAACACUUUAAACAUUAAUGAGUGUCGGCAACAAAUGAAAAACAGAGAUGGGCAUGGGCAUGGCAGAAAAGAGAAAGGAAAAACGACGAGUCAUCUUUUGGCUGCUGAAGUACUUUUUCAGCCUCCCCCCCCACUUGUAGCCCAAAGUGGAGAGAGUCGUUUAAAUAUCAUCCAUUUGGACCGAUUCCCAAAGGCGUUGGGAGCAAAAACUUAAAACUUUAUGAACAACGAAGAAAAUCAUAAAAUUACCAUCUUUAUGGGUUUUGAUGUUCACAAUAAUGAUGGUAUUAUUAUUCGUCAACGAAACUCCCACAGUUCUCUUACGAAACAAGCAAGAUGUUUCUAUAAAAGCAUAUAUAAGUGUUUAUAUGGAUAUUUUAGCUGUGUACCACUGUUAAUUAUUUUACAGCAAGCACUAGUUAAUUUAAGCAGUCUCACUUUUUCUAUUGAUUGAACAAACAAGCAUAAAUCACUGGCCUGGUCCCACUGAUUUGCAUGUCUAUCGUUUAUCGUCUGCACUUCCAUCUCUAAGUGGACAGGCAACAACAAAACGCGAGCAGAAAGCGACGCCCCCAAACAGAUUCGGUUAGUUAGUUUAUGGGCAAAGUCAGCGUGUUGCCACUUUAUUGCCUGCUUUACAUUUCUGUUAGUUUCGGUCCGCACCCAGGGGCAAAAAACACAAACACAAACGCAAACAUACUCACACACACACUCCCAUGCAGAAGGCAGCAAGCAAGAAGUGUGUGUGUAAAGUCGUGUUAUGCUUUGCGGCCAAAUUAAAAUUCGACUUAAUCGUUUAAACAUUUAAAAGGCAAACUAAAAGCCAGCAGGCGUCGCAAAGUUUCCCAUUUCCCCCAGCUCUCCCAUCAUCUACUCCACCCCACCACUCCCUUCUGUACAACCACCUUGCCCCCCACCACCUCCUUCUCCUUCUCCUUCUCCAUCUCUUCCUUUUUCCCAUUCCCAAUCCUAUUCCCUCGGAUUCCCGUCCCCUUCCUUUUCCACAUCCUUUUUGCUUUUUUUGCAUGCGCAGCUCAACAUGCGCCAAAAGUUGUAGCAGCCUGUUGCUGUCUCGCUCGCACAGCCAGGCUUUAAUGAGUGAGCGCCAUACAACAAACAUGGCUGCCGCAGCUCGUUCUCUUUCGCUCGCUCUCUUUCUCUCUCUCUCUCUCCUGCUUGCUCACUCUUCCCCCCCCCUUGCACACCAAAAACUCCAUUACAAGAGCAAAAGAGAUGGCCUGAAUGGAGAUUUUUACGGGAUAAAUACGCAAAAUGAAAGAGAAGGGAAAUGCUCGUUUUGCACAAUUCAAAAAUGUUAAUUAAAAUUUAAAUGCUUACUGCGUGGAUCCCAAGGCAAAUUAAGCUUUGAUUGAUUCAUCACAGGACUUCUGUUAAGCCGGCAAAAUAUAUAUAUGUAAGUGCGGAAUAAAAAGGUGCCUUGACAAUCGUUUCCGAGUUUCAAUUACCACGAAAAUAACUUAACUACCGCUCGGGGUAAUAAACCCAAAUGGUCCGGAAAAUAAAUGUGUAUAUUAAAGCAUAAAAUAUAUAUGUGCGAACAUUAGCUGCAGCAGCUAAAUUAUAAAUCCAAUUUAUGGGCCAUUAUAUUCGUGGUGCCAAAAGAAAUACGUAAGCAAAAAAAAUUUAAGGCCCAAAAGAAAUUAAGUUAAAAUGUAAGCAGCUUGUCCACUAAUUUCAAAUUAAUGUCUUUCCUUUAUUGCAUAUUAUUUUGCACAUUAAUGUUAUAUAUUUGUGUUUUGUUGAGCUUUCAACUUGAAUUUGGUUAAUUCCACUUUUUAUUGGCUCUACAAUAAAUCCUAUUUAUGAGCCAUAACAUUUAGCCUGUCUCUUAAAUUGAUGGGAAAAAUAAAAACAAAAGCUGCAGUAUUGAAUUGUAAGCAGCUUAUAUAAUUAAUAACUCUGACUUAAUGCCUUUCCUUUAAUGAGCUUAGUUCUACGGUGUUAACACAUGCAAUAUUUAAUAAUAAUAACUUGAAUGCGAUUUUCUUUGCCACGAGCUAGUUCUAAUGAUAAGUUUUUAAACCGAGUGUUUAUUUAUUUGUUAUUUAAGUUAUGUUUUUGUUUUUACCCAGUUUAUAUAUUUAAUAGCGUGGGCAUUUAUUAGGUUCCGUUUUCGAUUUAGUUUUUAUACGAGCACAAUUUAGUAAUGCUAAUUUAGUUGUUUGGGCCAAGAUUGCUCCUAAUGUCACGCUGACAUGCAAUAAAAGAUUUUUCCCAUUGUUUGUGUUCAUGUUUUUACAGUUCAUUAUUUUGGAAAGGUUUCCACCUCUGACAAAAGAGGGCAAUGAAAAGAAUUACAAUUGAGCGUGCUGUUGGUGGUGGUGCUGCUGGUGCUGGAGACUAUGACAAAAUGCGAAGAACUCGGAGGCAGUGUUGUUGAUAGCAAUCAACAUCAAUUAAAGCAGCUGUCUGUCUUGUUGUUGGCCGUGUAAUUAUAUUUGCUGCAGCGCGUUUUUGGCUUCACCAUCAUCGCCGUCGUCAUCAUCAUCAUCAUCAUCAUCAUCUUAAUCAUCAUAGUCAUUAGCCGUGUAUUGUGCACCGCCAGCAACAUGUUGCUGCUGCGCCUCCAAGUAGCAGCAACUGACCGCCCGUCUGUCCGUUUGUCCGCUUGUCUGUCCGUUUGCCCGCCUGUCCGUCCGUCAGCUCUGAUGGCAACUGUUGAUAAUUAUAAUCCGCUUGUGGUUAAAAUGGUGUUGCCUACCUUUCUGGCGAUAAGCGCGCAUGAAUAAUUAUGUUGCCGCUGUCUCUGAGUUGUUGCUGCUGCUAAUGUUGCUGUUGCUGCUGUAGCUGUAGCUGUAGCUGUAGCUGCAAUGUCGCCUGCGCGACAACUCAUGAAUAAUUAAUGCACUACAGCGACUGCCGUCGACUGGUUGAAAUGUUGCUGCCGUAGCAGCAGCAACAGCAGCAGCAGCAACUUGUCUUGGUAUCUUUUCAAUUACAGCAGGAAAUCGUGAAUUACUGGGGUCUAGAGCUAGGAGCUGGCCAUAGGAGAGCAAAUGCUGUUCUCAUUGUUGAUUAAACCUGACAGUCGUUCGUUGUUGUGCUGUGCAAAUAUUUAUUAAAUACCCAACAAAUCUUCUCAGAUCCUCAAAAGGGUGCCGACAACAAUUAACACUUGAAUGGCAUUGCCGGCAGCAGCAGCAGUAGCUGUAGCGCAACUAUUAUCAACUCAAUUUGAAUAAAUUCGCUCGUGACACAAAAGUAAAGAAGGGGAAAACGCUGAAAUUCCCACCUUAAAUUAAAUAAGCAAUGAGUUUGUCUCGCAAAAAAAAAUAAAUGGGGGGGAAAAAAUUGAAAUAAAAAGGUUCGGGCGGUCGCACAAUUGGCACUUGAAAGGCAUCAAGAUACAAUGGCAAUAACUGCAGCAGCAGCAGCCGCAGCAGCAGCGGCAAACAAGCUAAACAAGUAUUGCUGUGCCGAGAAGCAGCAGCCGCAGCAGCAGCAACAGCAGCAACGAAGGCAGCAACAUCAGCAGAUAAAAGGCAGACAAAAGGCACGAGAUGUGAGAGACGUCUAGAGUUGCUGCUGCUGUGCCGCCGCUGCCCCUGCUGCAUGGGAAUUGAAUUCCAUUCAAAAGACGGCAGCAGGCUGUUUGUCAUACUUGCAACAGCAACAACAACAACAGCAGACCAACCAAGCAUGGCCAAGAAGCAUGGCAGAACCCAGUGAAAUGGCUUACAUGCAUUUCUCUGCCUCUCCGCCAGCAGGCGUGUUGAGGUGUGUUGAGAUAGCAUCUUGCAUAAAAUUACUGCCAGUGGUAGGAGCAACAUCGGCAUCUCCACCACCAGCAGCAGCAGCAGCAGCAACAUCAGGAGCAGGAGCAGAAGCAGCAGCCACCAGCGACGUGGUUGCCUGAUGCUAUGCCACUGAUAGCCUCGAAAUUGUUGGCAGUUGCAAUUUGCUGUUUGGAAUUUUAAGCGAGCCAACAAUGAAGUUCAAACCAAAGUGAGGGAAAGACAAAAACGAAAAAAACAAAAAGAUAAAAAAGCAAGGGAACCCAAAGGAUGAAAGCCUGAGGAGCCCGACAGCAACAUCAUUCUCAUGCUCAUCAGCAAAAAGUUUAACCCGUCACUGGUUUCGAUUUUCGAUUGCUUUUAAAAAGAUUCGAUUUUGAAGACAAAGGAAGCAGUCUACAUUGUUGCAACUCAAAUUGGUUUUACUCACAGCAACUUGACAUGUAUGCAUAAUGAUUAUAACUUUAUUUGAAAGUCAUUAUCUUUUUGUUAUUCAUUUCGUUUAAUGCGUUCUAAGAACUAUCUUGAAACUCAUUCAUUGUUCAACCUAUAGACAGAAUUCUAAUUCUAAUUCAGUUAAUUGUAAACUGUUUUAAAUCAGUUAGGCGUUCUAAAGCAGUCACUUUUCAGCCAGCUGGCGUGAAAAUGGGUUAAGUUUUGGCCUCCGUAUUCGAAGUUUCAGACUGCGCCGCAUUCGAGACCUGCGAUUGCAAUAAAAGUCAGCAGGCAGGCACUGAUGUGUUGUUGCCGCUGCCCACCACUCCAUAUCCACUCUAUCCAAUCCACAAUCCCCCAUCUACCAUCCACAUGGACGACCAGCUACUCCUGCUGGAGCUCCAUGGAGCUCCUUCUCCUCCAUCUGAAUUUCAUUUCAGUGGUGCCUUUCGUUUUUAUUUAUUUUUUAUUUUUCAGCUCGCUUCCAUUCAAUUUCUGCUGCUGCCUGUGCCGCCGCCAUCCGAGCUUUUGCAUAAGCCCGUAGUUCAUUUGAGAGAAAGAAAAACAAAACAAAACCAAGUCAAAAAAAAUGAAAUAAA